AUGUCAGGCACUACAAUUGAUGAUGUCGUCAAGCGGCUCAGCUCCCCAGAAACAGAUGCUCGAGUCAAGGUAGAGGCAGCAACUACCUUGCGCGACAGCUUAGAUCACUACACAAGUGGUCCCAUAUACACACCAUUCCUCAAGAAGCUCGUCCCCAUCUUCAUCAACGUCCUUAAAGGACCUUGCAUCUUCCAGAGCAACUCUCCGGAGCAGAAACUCCGCAACUGCAUCCUCGAGGUCCUCCAUCGAUUGCCGACGACGCCCGCCCCGUCGGAGCCCUUCGAACCCUAUGCCGAAGAAGUCGUCGACCUGUUGAUGCAAUUGGUUCGGACGGACAAUGAGGAAAACGCGACGCUGUGCGUCAAGAUCAUUUCUGAUGUCAUGCGCCAUCAGCACAAGGUCUUGGGCAACAAGGUCCAGGCCUUCCUCAACCUCAUCCAGGAGCUCUUUGAGCAGAUGGAGAAGGUCGUCCGCGAACAGUUGGACAACACCUCCCUCGCGACGACAUCUAAUCCUGGAGCGCCGUCGACACCGGGAAGCUCGCAGACGAACUUCCAGUCCCCUCGACCUGGUUCGCCCGUAGCGUCAGUCACAGAUCUCGGCCCGGACCCCCAACAACAGAACAGACUACUGCUGAAGGGCAUGCAGUCCUUCAAGGUUCUGUCAGAAUGCCCCAUUAUUGUGGUAUCUGUAUUCCAGGUUUACCGAAAUACGGUGGCUGCGAACGUCAAGGCUUUCGUGCCGUUGAUCAAGGGGUUCUUGUGCCUUCAGGCAAGUGCACAGAAGCAGGCUCAUGCCGAUGCCAAAGCCAGGGGACAAGUCUUCACAGGAGUCAGCCCCCUCAUUAAGAACCGAGCCGCCUUCGGAGAGUUCAUUACAGCCCAAGUCAAGACCAUGAGCUUCUUGGCCUACUUGUUGCGACAAUACUCACAACAGCUGACAGACUUCCUUCCCACCUUGCCCGAGAUCGUGGUUCGACUCCUCCAGGACUGCCCUCGGGAAAAGUCGAGUGCGCGUAAGGAGCUGCUUGUUGCUAUCAGGCACAUCAUUAACUUCAACUUCCGCAAGAUCUUUUUACCAAAGAUUGAUGAGUUGCUGGAUGAGAAGACUCUCAUCGGUGAUGGACUGACGGUAUACGAGACUAUGAGGCCAUUGGCUUACAGCAUGCUAGCGGAUCUCAUUCACCACGUGCGUGAUAGUCUCACACCAGAGCAGAUUCGCAAAACCGUUGAAGUCUACACCAAGAACCUCCAGGACAACUUCCCAGGAACGAGCUUUCAGACCAUGAGCGCGAAGCUCCUCCUAAACAUGGCUGAAUGCAUCGCCAAAAUGCCGAACAAGGUCGACGCACGACACUACCUGAUCAUGAUCCUCAACGCCAUUGGCGACAAAUUUGUGGCCAUGAACCGACAAUACCCCAAUGCAGUGAAGCUCUCGAAACUCUACGCCCAGCAAACCGCUGACGGAACCCAGGACAGCUACCUUUCAGACAAGGACCACCCACCCGACUGGGACGAGACAGAUAUCUUCACUGCCAUGCCGAUCAAGACUUCAAACCCCAGGGACAGAGGCGCGGACCCCGUCGUCGAUAACAAGUUCCUCUUCAAGAACCUCAUGAAUGGCUUGAAGAACACAUUUUACCAGUUAAGGACAUGCAACGUAAACACCAACGUUGACUUGACCAAUGCACCUGCGCACUGGCAAGAUGUUGCCUAUGGGUUCACUGCAGAAGAAGUCAAUGUUAUUGUGAAGCUGUUCAGGGAGGGAGCGUAUGUUUUCCGCUACUACGAAAUUGAGAAGCCUGCCACAGAGUCCCAGUACAUGUCACCUGUUGAGUACAUGGCCAACUUCUACAUGGUGUCUAGCAGUAAAGAGGAGAAGGAUCUCCUUGAGACAUUUGCUACUGUCUUCCACUGCAUCGACCCAGCAACGUUCCAUGAAGUCUUCCAGCAAGAGAUCCCUCAUCUUUAUGACAUGAUCUUCGAGCACACUGGUCUGCUCCAUAUCCCCCAGUUCUUCCUUGCCAGCGAAGCCACAUCGCCCAGCUUUUGUGGUAUGCUGCUGCGCUUCCUCAUGGAACGAAUCGACCAAGUUGGCUCGGCGGACGUGAAGAAGUCAUCAAUUCUUCUCAGACUGUUCAAGUUGGCCUUUAUGGCUGUCACUCUGUUCGCAAACCAGAACGAACAGGUUCUUCUACCUCACGUUGUAGACAUUGUUACCAAGUCUAUUGAGCUUUCAACGAAAGCCGAGGAGCCCAUGAACUAUUUCCUCCUACUGAGAUCCUUGUUCCGAAGUAUCGGUGGCGGCAAGUUCGAGCAUCUUUAUAAGCAAAUUUUGCCUCUGCUUGAGAUGCUGUUGGAUGUACUCAACAACCUCUUGAUGGCAGCACGGAAGCCUGCUGAGCGGGACCUCUAUGUGGAGCUGUGCUUGACGGUGCCGGCACGGUUAAGCAACCUGCUGCCUCAUCUCAGCUUCCUGAUGCGCCCGUUGGUUGUUGCUUUGCGAGCUGGCACUGAUCUCGUUGGUCAAGGCCUGCGCACAUUGGAGCUGUGCGUUGAUAACCUGACUGCAGAUUAUCUGGAUCCCAUCAUGGCACCUGUCAUUGAUGAACUCAUGACUGCUCUGUUCGACCAUCUCAAGCCGCACCCUUACAGUCACUUCCACGCACACACAACAAUGCGCAUUUUGGGCAAACUCGGAGGCCGUAACCGGAAGUUUAUGACGGAUGCGCAACCCCUGACCUACAAGACCUUUGCCGAUGACCCUACCAGCUUUGAUAUCCGCCUCAUCGGUUCCAAAAAGGAUAGGGCUUUCCCCGCAGAAACUGGCGUUGACAUGGCUAUCCGGAAGCUGAUGGAGCAGCCAAAGAGCAGCAAGGGCAACCAGUCCCGCCAGUACGACGGUUACUACAAGAAGCAAUCCUUCCAUUUCAUCAAGUCCCAGCUCAAGUUGAGAAUUGGCUUCGAGAACUUACCUGACGAUAUGCCUAGACUUUUGCGCCUCCAAGCUCAGGAUCUCCUCCAGAAGAAGUUGGAUUUUGACUUUUCCGCCUUUGAAGCAUCUGACAAAGAAAGGUCAAUACCCAAGAAAGACGAACAGGAUGACUUACUCCGACGCCUGCUGAAGGCAGUCAUGUUUGCUGAGUCUUUGCCUGAGUUUAAGGAGGAAGCCAAUGCAUUCCUGAUGAACAUUUGCAAGCACUUUACGAUCAUUGAAGUUGGUCGUACUCUGGUGGAAAUGAAGCGAAUCUACAGUCCUUUCAAUCCCAAUGCUGGCGAGGGCCCACUCUUUAUUGAUACCCGGGUGUUCUCCGACGCAAUUGUGGAAUCUUUGGCUUCGGACCAUCCAGAAGUGCGAGAGUCUGCGCAGCGCGCAAUCCGUGAGGUGUACGAUUCUGCCGCGACGAUUUUCGGAUCACAACAGAAUGUUGCAAGGUUGCAGUUCUUCAGCCACUUGAGCUCAACAUUCUGCCACGGCUGCUACGAAGAGGAGUGGUUCACCAAGACGGGUGGCUCUUUGGGCAUCAACUUCCUUUUGACGGAGUUGGAUCUCGGUGAUCAGUGGAUCUUGAGCAAGCAGACCGAAUUCAUCAGGGCCCUCAUGUACGUCAUUAAGGAUAUGCCUCAGGAUCUUCCGGAGAAGACGAGAAGGUCUGCGCAAGUUACUCUCGAGACCCUGCUACAGAGGAUCACCAAGAACAUCAAGAAGGAGGACGCGCUACCCCCGCAAACCCCGGGUCAGCCGCCGCAAAGGUCCCGGCUCGCCCAGAUCUGCAUGCAGUUCAACACAGAGCUGUCACACAUGAACCGCCAUGUUCGCGAGACUGCAAAGCGGUCUCUGGAGCUCAUUGCCAAGGCAGCCAACUGCGCAGUAUGGGAGUUGAUCGAACCCUAUAAGGAGCGUUUCCUCCAGCCUAUCUACUCCAAGCCUCUUCGAGCUCUGCCGUUCCCUAUCCAGAUCGGGUAUAUUGAUGCGAUGACAUACCACAUGACGCUUAGGAAGGAGUGGGUCACUUUCGACGACAACUUGACCAGACUGCUUAUGGAGUCGUUGGCCCUGGCCGACGCCAGUGACGAAUCUCUGGCCAACAAGCCUGGAGAGUUCAGAACGCACGAGUACAUUGUCAAUCUUCGCGUGGCCUGCAUCAAUAUUCUCAGCACCGCCACUAGCUUUGAGGAGUUUGCUCCUCUCAAGCAGGGAAGUCACCCGACUCGUUCCAAGAUUGUAUCGGUCUUCUUCAAGUGCCUAUACUCGGACUCUAAGGCUACUAUUGAUGCUGCCAACAGCGCCCUCAAGAACACCCUCGAGGCCCACCAGAAACUCCCCAAGGAUCUCCUUCAGGGCGGUCUUCGACCGGUCCUUGCUAGUCUCCAAGAUGCCAAGAAGCUCACUACUCACGGACUGGACAACCUAGGCCGUCUCUUGAAGCUUCUGACCACGUACUUCAAGGUAGAGAUUGGAGCGCGUCUGCUUGACCAUGUGAAGGUUCUCGCAGACCCCACGGUUCUUCAACCGCUCGCCUUCACAUUCUUCGAACAGAACCAGCAGAUGAAGAUUGUUGCUGCAGUUUUUAACAUUUUCCAUCUGUUGCCUCCCCAGGCAGAGGGCUUCAAGCAGAGACUCAUUGACUUGUCUCUGGAACUCGAGGAGAAGCUGCGUCGCACACACGAAAGCCCCUUCCGCGCGCCGUUGUACAAAUUCAUAAACCGCUAUCCUAACGAGGUCUGGUCCUUCCUCCUCCCAAAACUUGAGGACCUUAAAUACGGCCGAUUCUUGUCACAAGUCAUCCGUCAUCCAGACAGUGCUCCUCUUCGGGAAACCGUGUCAGGCAACGUCCAGGGUCUGAUCGACUUCUGCAACAGCACGAUUUCUCAAAAUAAGGACACCAAGUUCGUCGCCGUGGUCAACGCCAUCCAUGUUCUGUACUCGCUUACUCAGUCAUCCGGGUCCGCCGCAUGGCUGGAAAAGAAGGAGCAUUUGAACUGGUUGAAGCAGGUUGGCAAGGAGCUGGAGAAGCAGAUGCGGGCACACACUCUCGCGCCCAACCUCAGACUCCCUGCAUGCCAAGCAUCAGAGCAGUUGAUGACGAUCUUUAUCAAGUCACUGGAGCGCAACCCUCGAGAUCUCGAGCCCCUGUUCAACUUGGUGGAUUCUGUCACCACUGACGACUUCCGCGCCUCGCAGCCUUUGAUCGCCUACAUCUACGAGAACAUCAUCAGCAGUGACUCUGUCGACUUCUGGAAAGCCACGGUCCUCAAGUGUCUUGAUGUUUAUCCCACAAAGAACAUUUCUCAGAAGAUGAAGUGUUUCUUGUUGCACUACAUUGUCAACCCAAUCGUGGCCAUGGAUGUCCAACGGCAUUGGAACCAGCCGCCGCAGACUAAGGGUCGAUUCAUGGACAAGGCUAUCAUCGACGCGAUCACAGCGAAGAUCUGGAAGACGCACCAAGACACCAGUCAACAUGACCACGAUGACAUUGCCCAACCUGGUAUUGAUCACACCAAGUUUGAGGUUCUCCAGCUCUCUGCAAUGCUGGUGAAGUAUCAUUCCUACAUCUUCCAAGAAGCGAGAAAGGACAUCAUUAAGAGCUGCUGGACAUUUAUUCGUUUGGACGAUGUCAUCAACAAGCAUGCCGCCUACGUCGUCAUUGGGUACUUCAUCGCCUUGUAUGAAACUCCAGUCAAGAUUGUCACCCAGGUAUACCUCUCUCUCCUGAGAACAAACCAAAACGAAGGUAGGGCCCUAGUCACUCAAGCUCUGGAGUUGAUUGCCCCUGUUUUACCUAAGCGCUUGGGUACCCAACCCAACGAUCGCAAUGCUGGAUGGGCGUUAGCACCUCGCAAGAUUCUUGCCGAUGAAGGCCAGAACGUGCAGCAGAUGACGAGCAUCUUCCACUUCUUGGUUAGACACCCGGACUUGUUCUACGAGUCUAGGGACAAGUAUGUCAUGCUCAUUAUCCAGUCUUUGAGGAAGGUUGCUGCUCCACCCAACCCUUCCAACGAGUCCAAGAAGCUGGCUCUCAACAUGAUGUGGUUGAUCUGGCUCUGGGAGCAGAGACGUGUCGAGGGCACGGGAGACGCAGUCUCGCGCUCUAUCUCCGAGUCACCACAGUCCAAGAAGCGGAAAUUGGAUAGUGACCAGCCCAUGUCCUCGCCUCCCUCCGCUAGACAAUCGCACCCGGAGAGGGCAGAGUACAUCAUUCCAACGCCUGGCCGGCAAAGGAUGGUGAAGUAUCUGGUUGAAUUCAUCGCCCAGCUUAAUGAGCGCUACCAGCUUCCCUCCACACGGGCAAGGGAUGCAGUAUCCACCAACGGCCCAGCCAUGCCACCCCCUUCCACAGAACUGUGCAAGAAGGCCAUGACUCUGUUUUACAACCUGCUCCAGCCACAAUACUGGGGCGAUCUGGACGUUGACCUCUUCCCCAAUGUCACCGACGUGGUUUUGGCCGGCGAAAAGACGCAGAGCAUCCUUUCAGCAGACCCUGCUGACAAGGAGAAGUUUGACGAGAAGUUCAUCACGAACAUUAUCAAUACUCUUCAGGUCGUGCGCAUCAUUUUGAACUUCAAGUCGGAUGACUGGGUUCAACGGAAUAUGACGUCUAUCCAAAAGGUGCUAGAUAAAUCUCUCAAGAGCGAAAACCCCGAGCUUCAAGACUGCCUCCACUUUGCAGACAAGAAGUACGAUGAUGACCGGGAUCUCAAGCCAAUAAUCCAGAGGGUUCUUGAAGCCGUGCCUGAGGACGUGCCAAUGGAGGACGCUGAUGCUGAGGGUGAAUCUGAAUCCCAAAUGUCUGAGAUCGUUCAGUCUCUCUCGACAAUCGCUGGUGAAGCCAUGGCAGCCGGCCAUUACGGAUCUGGAGUCAACAUCCUGUGGUCAUUGGGCAACCGAAAGCCGACUGUUAUCGACCAGCACAUCCCCGUCUUGAUGAAGGCUCUCCAGAGCAAGCUUGCGCGCGAGCAUGUUCAGCACUACACGGCCGUUGCCAACCAUCAGCCUGGACAGCCUCCUCGGGCCCAGGACCCCAACACGCCAACCGGUGAAAUGUCAAGCUAUGACCUCGAGGUGUCCACAUCCCUUAUGCUCAAGGCCAUCCAAGUCGUUGCUCUGCGAAUGGAAGUUUUGGGCGACAACAGACGCCCUUUCCUGAGUGUUCUGGCGACACUAGUUGAGAAGUCGAUGCACAUUCCGCUCUGUGAAGAGAUCCUCAACAUGGUGGAAGGCUGGGUCUUCCGGUCCGAAGGCACUUGGCCCACCCUCAAAGAAAAGACUGCCGUCCUUCACAAGAUGCUUUCCUUCGAGCACAGACAAGACCCGACCAUGCUCACCAAGUUCCUGGAGCUAGUCAUUCGCAUCUACGAGGACCCCAAGAUCACGAGAACGGAGUUGACAGUUCGUAUGGAGCAUGCCUUCCUCAUUGGUACUCGUGCUCAGGAUGUUGAUAUGCGCAACCGGUUCAUGGCCAUUUUCGAUAAGAGCCUCUCAAAGACUGCCAGCGCCCGUCUUGCCUACGUUCUCACCUCUCAAAACUGGGACACUUUGGGUGAGAGUUACUGGUUGGCCCAAGCAUCGCAUCUUCUUCUCGGCGCGGUGGAGUUGAACAACAGCAUCCAACUUCACCACGAAGACUUCAGGACCCUCUCCCUCAAUCAGAUUUUCUCGAUCCAUGCCAAGGACACCAGGGAACCUACCAAUAUGUCAGACGAUAAGUUAGACGCUCUGAUAACCGCCCACCGGCGCUUCAUGAGUGAGCUUGGCGAUGUCAAGGUUCGCGACCUCAUUGAACCCCUGACACAACUUCAACACAUCGACUCUACUCUGGCCCAUCAGCUGUGGGUUGCGCUGUUCCCUAUCUACUGGUCUGCAACCAUGAAGGAAGAGCGCACCGACCUCGAGCGUGGCAUGGUUGCGCUUCUUACGAAGGACUACCACAGCCGCCAGAUUGACAAGCGACCCAACGUGGUCCAAUCUUUGCUUGAGGGUGCCGCCAAGGCGUGGCCCGACUGUAAGAUUCCUCCUCACGUUCUCAAGUACGAAGCCAAAACCUACGACGCGUGGUAUACUGCCCUUGUCCAACUUGAGAACGCUGCUAUCAAGCCGGAGAUUGAAUCAGCCGUUGUCAGAGAAAGUAAUCUUGACGCUCUCGUGGAGUUGUAUGCUUCCCUUCAGGAAGACGACUUGUUCUACGGCACGUGGCGUAGGCGCUGCCAGUUCGUUGAGACCAACGCUGCUCUGUCCUACGAACAAAAUGGAAUGUGGGACAAGGCUCAGAAGAUGUAUGAGGCUGCUCAGAUCAAAGCCCGAACUGGAGUCAUACCCUUCUCACAAGGCGAGUACGUCCUCUGGGAAGAUCAUUGGGUGUUGUGCGCCCAGAAGCUGCAGCAGUGGGAGAUUCUCCAGGACUUCGCCAAGCACGAAAAUUUCCAGGACUUGCUUCUGGAAUGCGCCUGGAGGAACAACACCGAAAUGUGGCAGACCCAAGAGCACCGGGAGGCUUUGGACAACCUCAUCAAGGGCGUCAUGGAUGCGCCGACGCCCCGACGUGCUUUCUUCCAGGCUUUCAUGUCACUCCUGAAGUACUACAACAAGCAAGAAUCUGCUCAGGAGUUUGCCAAGUCUUGUGACGAAGCCAUUCAGCUUUCGAUCAGGAAGUGGCAUCAGUUGCCGAAGCAGCUUACCAAGGCACACAUCCCGCUGCUCCAAAACUUCCAGCAACUUGUCGAGUUACACGAUGCUAGCGUCAUUUGUAACAGUCUGGCGAGCACCAACCAGUCGAAUCUCGACGUUAAGUCCGGAGAACUGAAACUGCUGCUCGGCGCCUGGCGUGAUCGCUUGCCUAACGUGUGGGACGAUAUCACUGCUUGGCAAGAUCUUGUCACUUGGCGCCAGCACAUCUUUGGUCUCAUCAACCAGACUUACCUCCAGCUGCUACCCCAGGGAGGUGGCCAGAACGCCAGCGGUGCGUCCUUUGCUUACCGCGGAUACCACGAGACGGCCUGGAUCAUCAACCGCUUCGCACAUGUUGCCCGCAAGCACAGCCUGCCCGAAGUCUGUAUCACACAGCUUAGCAGGAUUUACACGCUUCCCAACAUUGAGAUCCAGGAGGCUUUCCUUAAGUUGCGGGAACAAGCAAAGUGCCACUACGAGAACCCAGAAGAGCUCACAAGUGGUUUGGAUGUCAUCAACAAUACGAACCUCAACUACUUCAACCCGCCGCAAAAGGCCGAGUUCUACACGCUCAAGGGUAUGUUCCUUGAAAAGCUUAAGCAGAAAGAGGAGGCCGACUCCGCUUACGGCACUGCUUUGUACUUCGAUAUCACCGCCGCCAAGGCCUGGGCCGAAUGGGGCUACUUCAACGAGCGCAAGUACAAGGAAGACCCGUCGGAUAUCAACUCUGCGAGACAGGCCCUUACGUCUUAUCUCCAAGCUGCUGGAAGCUACAAGAAUGCGAAGUCACGCAAGCUCAUCGCUCGUAUCUUGUGGCUCCUCAGCCUCGACGAUGCCAACGGCUCUAUCGCUGCUGGCUUCGACGAUUUCAAGGGCGAAACUCCCGUCUGGUACUGGAUCACAUACAUUCCUCAGCUUCUCACAGGACUUGGCCACAAGGAAGCACCUAGGGUGCAUCAGAUUUUGGUCAAAAUCGCCAGGUCUUAUCCUCAAGCAUUGUACUUCCAGCUUCGAACGAGCAGAGAGGACAUGCUGGUUAUCAAGAAGAACCAGGAGGCCAAGGAGAAGGCACGCCAGCGUGCGCAAUCGACGGUGUCUAACAGCAAGCCCAGCGCGUCACCGCAACAACCAAAGCAGGACGGUGUUGUGAAGCCGGAUGCCUCUGGCUCCCGACCGGGCACUGCUAGCGGGGGAGACGCGAAUGCCACCGUUAAGACCGAGGGCAACGAGGCCAAUGGAACUCCUGCCGCUCAAGCCAACGCCAAUGGUGCCCAGGCCGAUCAGCAACAAUCUGGUGCUGGCCAGAAGAAGCCUCCUUGGGAGCUUACCGAGGAAAUUAUGAGUGCACUGAAGACAGCUUUCCCUCUGCUUGCGUUGUCAAUGGAGACCAUGGUGGACCAGAUCCAGAAGCACUUUAAGUGCCCGCCCGACGAGGACGCCUACCGACUCAUUGUUGCACUGCUCAACGAUGCGCUCGCCUACGUCAGCCGCAUGCCAUCUUCUUUUGCCAAGGAUGUCAAGCUUCCUUCCGCUACGGAGACCAACAUCACGCGUUUCGCCGAGACGAUUCUUCCCGCUCACAUCAAGAAGUCGUUCGAAGCCGACUUUGUGGAUGUUAAGCCCACAAUGUACGAGUAUAUCCAUAAGUUGAGGCGCUGGCGUAACAAGUUCGAAGAGAAACUAGACCGUAGGACUACUCGAGUCUCCUUGGAAGCCUUCUCGCCUCACCUCUCCGAGUUCCGUUACCAGAGGUUUGACGACGUCGAGGUUCCUGGCCAGUACCUGCAACACAAGGAUAAGAACCAAGACUUUAUCCGCAUCGAGCGCUUCUUGCCUAAUGUGGAUCUUGUGAGGUCUAUCAGUGCUUCUUACCGGCGUCUUCAGAUGCGCGGUCAUGAUGGAAGCAUCCACUCAUGGGCCGUCCAGCACCCUGCCGCUAGACACUGCCGUCGCGAAGAGCGCAUCUUGCAGCUCUUCAGACAACUGAACCAGACCCUGGGCAGAAGGAAGGAGAGUCGCCGCCGCGACCUUCAGUUUACGCUGCCACUGAUGGUUCCUUUGGCGCCGCAUAUCCGCAUCGUUCAGGAGGAUACAUCAUACAUCACUCUCCAGAGUGUAUACGAGGAUCACUGCCGACGCCACGGAAUGUCCAAGGACGAUCCCGUGCUGUUUACGAUGGAGAAGCUGCGCGGCGUCCUUGACACCAAGAAUUCCAAGCAUGCCGAACAGAGCGCGACCGCACGUCUUGAGGUGUUCAAUGCCAUCCAAGAGAAGUGGGUUCCUCACAACCUGGCCCUGGAGUAUUUCCAGAGAGCCUUCCCCGACUUUACCGAGUUCUGGCUGUUCCGUAGACAAUUCUCGUACCAGCUUGCGUCACUCACCUUCAUGACCUACAUCCUCUAUAUGCACAACCGGUACCCGCAAAAGAUCAACAUCGCUCGCGGAUCCGGAAACAUCUGGGGCUCGGAGCUCAUGGCCUACAUGAGCGCCGCGAAGCCCUUCUUCCACAACCCCGAGCCGGUGCCGUUCCGCCUGACACCCAACCUGCAGACGCUAAUGGGACCGCUGGCCACGGAGGGCAUCUUCAGCUGUGCUCUGAUGGCCAUCGCCCGCUGUCUCACCGAGCCCGAGUACGAGCUGGAGCACGCUCUCACGCUCUUCGUACGUGACGAGAUGAUCUUCUGGUUCACGAGCUCGCAUAGGACGGUUCAGAUGACGGAGAACCAGCUCCGCGAAUCAGUCCAGGUCAACAGCGACUCAGUUGUCAAGCGCGCCGUCAGCCUGGCGCAGAGCCCCGUCGGCAACUUGCCGGCAAACCAGACGGUGAUUGAUCUGGUUGCCAAGGCUGUUAACCCCAUGAACCUGGCCCAGUGCGAUGCGCUCUGGAUGCCAUACCUGUAA